CAAACCCAAAUUCCCCAACCCACAUCGCCGUCCUCCCACCUCCUCCUCCUCCUCCUCCGCCGCCGCCGCCAUGAGUCGCAAAAACGCCUCCUCCGCCGCCGGCAAGAAGGACAAGCCCCUCUCCGUGUCCGCCAUGCUAGCCUCGAUGGACAAGCCGGCGCCCAAAGCCAGGCCGGCGCCGAAACCCAAGUCCUCCAAGCCCUCCAAGGCGCCCCCCUCGUCCUCCUCCUACAUGGGCGACAUCGACCUGCCCCCGUCCGACGAGGAGGAGGACGAGGCCGACGUCGCCGCCGUCACCGCCAAGGCCAAGGCCAAGGCCAAGCCGGCCCGCGCCGCCGUCGACCUCAACGCCCUCGCGCCCUCCGACAAGGACGCCAAGAAGAAGGACAAGCGCGAGAUGAUGGCGGCGGCGGCCGCCGAGGCCGCCAAGCGGGAGGCGCUCCGCGACGACCGCGACGCCUUCUCCGUCGUCAUCGGCGCCCGCGUCCCCGGAUCCGCCGCCGACGGCGACGCCGCCGCCGUCGACGGGAACAUCAAGGACAUCGUGCUCGACAACUUCUCCGUCUCCGCGCGUGGGAAGGAGCUGCUCAAGGGCGCCUCGCUCCGGAUCUCGCACGGUCGCCGCUAUGGUCUCGUGGGGCCCAACGGCAUGGGCAAAUCUACCCUCCUGAAGCUGCUCUCCUGGCGGCAGGUGCCCGUACCCAAGAACAUCGAUGUCCUGCUUGUGGAGCAGGAGAUUGUCGGUGAUGACCGCUCGGCGACCGAUGCCGUGGUCGCGGCCAACGAGGAGCUCACGGCGCUCCGGGCUGAGCAGGCGAAGCUUGAGGCCUCCAACGAUCCUGAUGACAGCGAGAAGCUCGCCGAGGUGUACGAGAAGCUCAACCUGUGUGACUCGGAUGCUGCUCGUGCCCGCGCGUCCAAGAUCCUCGCGGGGCUGGGGUUUGAUCAGGCGAUGCAGGCAAGGUCCACAAAGUCAUUCAGCGGUGGCUGGAGGAUGCGCAUCUCGCUUGCCCGUGCUCUCUUCAUGCAGCCAACGUUGCUGCUCCUUGAUGAGCCUACCAACCAUUUGGACCUCCGAGCUGUGCUUUGGUUGGAGCAGUACCUGUGCUCGCAGUGGAAGAAGACCCUAAUUGUAGUCUCCCAUGACCGCGACUUCUUGAACACGGUGUGCAAUGAUAUCAUACAUUUGCACGAUAAGAGUCUGCAUGUUUACCGUGGUAAUUUUGAUGACUUUGAGAGUGGGUAUGAGCAGAAGAGGAAGGAGAUGAACAAGAAGUUUGAGGUGUACGAAAAGCAGAUGAAAGCAGCAAGGAAGACUGGGAGCAAGGCUGCACAAGAUAAGGUUAAAGGCCAAGCACUGUCAAAGGCCCAUAAAGAAGUUGCCAAGGGGAAGGGCAAGGGAAAGAAUGUGGCAACUGAUGAUGAUAAUGUGAAGCCAGCGGAUCUGCCACAGAAGUGGCUUGACUAUAAAGUUGAGUUCCACUUCCCAGAGCCUACUUUGCUUACACCACCCCUCCUUCAGCUCAUUGAGGUGGGUUUCAGCUACCCCAACAGGCCAGACUUCAAGUUAUCUGAUGUUGAUGUUGGCAUUGACAUGGGAACACGUGUUGCCAUUGUUGGCCCCAAUGGGGCAGGAAAGUCUACUCUUCUAAAUUUACUUGCUGGUGAUCUUACCCCAGCUGAAGGAGAGGCAAGAAGGAGCCAGAAGCUCAGGAUUGGACGAUACUCGCAGCAUUUUGUUGACUUGUUGACGAUGGAAGAAAAUGCGGUUCAGUAUCUGCUCAGGCUCCACCCAGACCAGGAGGGAAUGAGCAAAGCGGAGGCUGUCCGUGCCAGGCUUGGAAAAUUUGGCUUGCCAGGCCACAACCAUCUUACUCCCAUUGUUAAAUUAUCUGGUGGUCAGAAGGCCCGUGUUGUGUUCACCUCGAUAUCAAUGUCGCAUCCUCACAUUCUCCUACUGGAUGAGCCUACAAAUCACCUGGACAUGCAAAGUAUUGAUGCUUUGGCAGAUGCUCUGGAUGAGUUCACUGGAGGUGUGGUCUUGGUUAGCCAUGACUCGCGGUUGAUAUCUCGAGUUUGUGCCGAUGAGCAGAUUAGCCAGAUAUGGGUUGUGGAGGAUGGCACAGUGAGUAAAUAUGAUGGCUCGUUUGAGGAUUACAAGGAUGAACUAAUGGCAGAAAUAAAGAAGGAAGUCGAAGAGUAAUGCUAUUCAUGUUGAGCUGCACAGUGCUUAUUCUUUGUAGAAUGAGCUGGUUUCUUCUUCUGAAAUCCCAUGUAUUACUACCAGAGUUUGUUUGUUUUGGUCUACAGAAUGUUCAUAUGGUUCUUCAUAUGCGUAAUAUCUAUAUGGACAAGAUGAGUUUACUUUUUUUUGCCUUUUCUAUGUUACAAGAUACGGUAAUAUGGUAUUGUUUCUUCUGUAUGAUUUUGUGCAAAACUAUUGUACUAAGGUAUCUUGGGUGGUAUUACCUCCAUAUUGCUUGCUAACUUACUAAAUAGUUACCAUUA